AUGCAACGCGCAAAGACGUUGAAGAGCAAGACGAACCACUCGAAGCCGUACCUGACAGACAUGAACACUGUGCAACGGAUGCGUCAUGCCGCAUUGUUCCUCAGGCCGUCGCCAAAUCGGACCGUUUUUGACAACAUGCACUCUCAAGUGCAUGUUGACGAGAAAUGGUUCUUUUUGACGACGGUCAAAAAGCGGUACUACGCCUACGACGACGAAGAGCUAGCCAGUUGA